AUGUCCGAGGAAAGAGAAACUAGACAUGCCAAAAGACAAAGACUUCAGUCUCAAUCUGAAAAAAGAUUACAAUAUCGUGAAGAACAAGAAAUUAAAAGAAAAAAUUUAAAACAUGUUAAAAUUGAUGAAAAUUUAAUUAAAGAUCAAGAUUCAAAUGAUUCUAAAUUACCAAUCAAAAGAUUCUAUAGACAAAGAGCUCAUUCAAAUCCUUUUAGUGAUCAUAAAUUAGAAUAUCCAAGAUCUCCAGAUCAAAUGAAUUGGUCAAAAUUUUAUCCAAAAUUUGUUGAUGAAACAACUGGUAAAUUAUCAAAACAAGUUACAAUUGCAGAUAUUGGUUGUGGUUAUGGUGGAUUAAUGAUUGAUUUAUCACCAGCUUUCCCAAAUAAUUUAAUCCUAGGAAUGGAAAUUCGUGUUCAAGUUACAAAUUUUGUUGAAGAUCGUAUAAUUGCAUUAAGACAACAACAUUUUAAAGAAGAUAAAUUUCAAAAUAUUAAUGUAUUAAGAGGUAAUGCAAUGAAAUUUUUACCAAAUUUUUUCCAAAAGUCACAAUUAGAAAAAAUGUUUUUUUGUUUCCCUGAUCCUCAUUUUAAACAAAGAAAACAUAAGGCAAGAAUUAUUACAAAUACUUUAUUAAGUGAAUAUGCUUAUGUUUUAAAAGAAGGUGGUAUUAUAUAUACCAUAACUGACGUUAAAGAUUUACAUGAUUGGAUGGUUAAACAUCUAGAUGAACAUCCAUUAUUUGAAAGAUUAGAUGAAAAUUUCGAAAAAAAUGAUGAAUGUGUGAAGAUAAUGUUUAAUAGUACAGAAGAAGGUAAAAAAGUUGAAAGAAAUAAAGGGGAUAAAUUCUUUAAAUGUUAUAAAAGAUUACCAGAUCAUCCAAAACUCUGA